AUGCCAGAACAAAUUACUUUUAGCUCAACCACUGUGGGUAGAAGUACCCUUGGUGUCAAUCUUUCCUUGUUGAAAGGAGGAACCAUCACUCAAACGAUAGUUGGAGGUAUUAUUUCUACCAUGGUGGUCACCUCUGUCGUUGUUACCAUUAUCAUGGUCACCGUCUCUGCUGGUGUUUCAGGUCCAACUGCUAAGGAUGAUUAUGCACAGGUCUAUAAACGUCGUCCUUUCACUAUUUAUCCCUUAUUAAAUGAUGUUGAUCCUAAGAGUUUGAAUUUAACAUUGGUCAACAUCACACAACCUCUUCAUGGUUCAGCUGUCAUGACAGGAGGUGGAAAAGUUGUCUAUACCUCCAGUGGAUACUAUUCUGGUAAUGACACAUUUACCUAUUAUGUCACAAAUGGUUAUGUGGUUGCAUCUGCUCAGGUGAAUAUUGAGAUUUUGAAUCGUCCACCCGAGUUGAUUGAUUUAAAAUAUACAGUCAGUAAGAAUUCCAUGAAGAAUGCAUUCGAUGUCUUCCGUUAUAUUUCUGAUUCGGGUGCCACCAUUUCUGAUCCAGAUGGCGAUGAAUUGAUUGUUUCUGCUGUUGGUGCUCCUCAAGUGAAUGGUUCUUCCAUCGCUUUUGAUUCUCUCUAUGUGUAUUAUUCUCCUCCAAAAGGGUUUAACAGUGAAGACAGUUUCAAAUAUUCUGUUUUUGAUGGAAAUGUCACUUCCACUGCGACUAUUUUCAUUACCGUAGCCAAUGAUGCUCCCGUGUGUGUUCCUGACUAUUAUGUCGUUCCAAAGAAUGACAAGACCAUUAUCAACCUUUUAGCCAACGAUUAUGACAUAAACAAGGAUGACAUUACCAUUUACUCUGCAGGAGCUGGAUCCAUUGGUACCUUAAUUCUUUCAGAGGAUAAGAAAAACAUUACUUACAUUCCACCACCACAAGUUCAACCACAAACUGACUCUUGGGAAUAUCAAAACUUUGAUGGAUCACUUACUGGUAAUAGUUUUGUGUUUAUUAAGAUUGUGAAUACUCCUCCUCAAGGUGGAGAUCGUGUGUUCCAUGUUCCAAAGAAUUCAACAAACAACAUGCUAGACCUUACUUAUUUGGAUUCUGACAUGUUGGAUACCGUCUAUGUUUCCUUGUUGACCAAGCCAACAAGAGGUACAUUCCAACUUGUCGAAUACUCUGUCAUGAGUCAAGUCAACUAUGUGACCAAUGACUUUUAUCCUGUCAAAGUCAAUACUUACAAACUUGUUUACACCCCAGAGAGUGGAAAUAUCUAUUCUGAAAGUUUUCAAAUUAAGAUUUCUGAUACAAUUGAUUUUGUAACCGCUAAGAUUACCAUUAAUGUCACACCUGUUCCACCAAUUGCUAACAAUGACACUGCUCUCUGUUCAAAGAAUUCCAACAUCACUGUCAAUGUGAUCGCUAAUGACUAUAGUGCAGCUGGUGAUAUUUUGAAACUCACUUUCACAUCUCUUACUAGUCUUUAUGGAGGUGAAAUUCGGAAAGUUGAUGACAAUCAUGUCAUUUACAUUCCAGCACAUGAUUUCACUGGAACUGAUUUCGCUCCAUAUUAUGUUUCCAAUACUAAUCGAGAUGGCUCUACAGAUGGUAUUUUCCAAACCACUGGUUAUUUAAUUGUUUCAGUUUCAAAUUCACCACCGAUUGCAAAGGAUGAUGUUGUGACUGUUUCUAAGGGAUGGAUUGGAAGUUUCAAUUUAAUUGCCAACGAUCUUGAUCCAAACAAUGAUGUUAUCAAGUACAACGAUGCCACUGUGAGUUCUCAAGGUGUUACUGUUGGAAUUUCCUCAUCGAGCUCUGUUGUCACUUAUCAAGCUUUGAAUCAAACCUACACAGAUUCUUUCACAUAUUCCAUUUCUGACUCUGAAGGUGCUGUUUCCAACUAUGCCAAAGUUACUGUCAAUGUUGUGAAUGAUGCUCCUGUUGCCGUUGCUGAUGUGGCCACAGUCGCUUGGAAUCGAAGUGUUGCCAUUGAAGUGUUGAAUAAUGAUCAAGACAUUAAUCCUGGUGAUUAUAACAAUCUUGUGAUCAAGACAUUGUCCAUUCCAUCUCAAGGAACAGUUUCAAGUUUCCAAGGUGGUAAAAAGGUUCUUUACACCCCUCCCAAUGGUUUCACAGGAGAAGCGACAUUCACUUACACUGUAACAGACGGCAUUGAUGUUUCUAAUGCUGCAACGGUUCGAGUAAUAGUUGCGAAUCAUGCACCAAAAGCUACUUCUGAUGUUGCCUCUGUUCAUUGGCUUGACAAUGUGGUCGUCUUACCAGUUCUCGCCAAUGACGGUGACGAUGAUGGAGAUGCUCUUCACAUUGAGUCGUUCACACAACCUUCAAAGGGUAUUGUUACUCGUGUUCAACUAGCUGAUGGAAGUGAUGCUCUUUCCUACACAAGUGUGUCCUUUAAUAAUUUCACAGGAAAUGAUACAUUUACGUAUGUUGUGAGUGAUUAUGGAAAGACUGCAACUGGAGUUGUGACCAUUCAAGUCACUGAUAAAGCUCCAAUUGCUGUAGAUGAUACUUUUACCCUUCACUGGAGAUCAUCCAAUGUCGAACUAGAUGUCUUGCAGAAUGAUUCGGAUGAAAAUAAUGAUCCACUUUCCAUUUUGAGCAUUUUUACUCCAAAUAAUUUUAAGGGUACUGUCACCAAGAAUUCACAAAGCAACAAAUUGAUCUUCUCUCCAACAUUUGAAUCAUUAGGAACACAACAAAUUUCUUACACCUGUACCGAUCGAGUUCUAUCCAGUCCAUCCGCUCAAGUGACAUUAGUGACCACAAAUAAGGAUGCUCCAAAGAAUCGAGUGAUCACUCAAUCGGUUCACUGGUCAACUCAACAUUCAGGUACACAAAUCAACAUUUAUGAUGUUCCUCAACCAAUUGACACUGAUGGAGAUUCUCUUCAAUUGCUUUCGACACCUUUUGUUUCUCCACAACAUGGUAUUGUUGUCAUCUCGAAUGGUAAUUCGACCACAGUGCCAAAUGUCAUUUAUAAGCAAAAUAAUAACUUUUUAGGUUCUGAUUCAUUCAACUUGACUCUAACCGACGGUGCUCAAACUGCUCAAAUACAAGUGGUCAUGAAUGUGUAUGACAAUGCUCCAACGGCUUCAAACUAUUAUGAGCAAAAACACUUUGAUGCUGUGGCAUCAGGUUAUUCAAGAGAUGUCAUUGCGUUGUGCAAUGCUCUUGACAUGGACAGGGAAGAUGUUGUUUCAAUUUCACAAGCUUCCAUUUCCAAUGGUGGAUCCAUUUCUCGAUCUGGAUAUUCAAUCACUUUCACUCCAACCACAGGUUUCACAGGAAAUGCAACCAUCACCAUUGUUUUCACCGAUGGAUUGCUCACCACUACAUGCACUUGGACCAUUUAUGUUCAGAAUGUUGCUCCAGUUGCUACUGCAUUCACCACAACCAUUCAUUGGACGACCACUAGUACGAACAUUAAUGUUUUGGCAAAUAUCACGGAUAGUGACAAUGAUGUCAUUGAUUUUAGAAUUGUUUCAAUGGCCAACAGUUAUGGAACUCCAAGUGUGAGCACAGUCGCUGGAGUCAAACAAGUGACAUGGACCUUACCUUCUCCUGCUAUUCUUGGAACAUCCUCUUUCACUAUUGAAUACACCGAUGGAUGGAUUGCAAAGAAUCAAAGCUUUGGUAUUUACAUUCAAAAUGCUGUUCCAGUAGCAACUGCCAAGUCCAUCAGCACACCUUGGUCCUCCUAUUCGACAGGUGUGACCAUUGAUGUCUUGUCUGGUUGCACUGACAGUGAUGCUGAUUCAUUAUCUCUUGCUUCCAAUUCAUUCUCUACUCCUUCACUAGGUACAGUCUCUGUUAGCUCAGGAAAAGCUCUUUACACUCCAACUCAGGGCCGUGUUGGACUUGACAGUUUCCAAUAUACCAUCACUGAUGGAAUUUCAAAUGCCACACAAACGGUGACCAUUAAUGUGACGAACCAUCGACCCGUUGCUGUUGCAGAUUCUGUUUCUGUGCACUGGUCGACCUCGUCUAUUGACAUUCCAGUAUUGAAUAAUGAUGUGGAUAGCGAUGGAGAUGCACUUUCAGUGAGUUCCUUUACACAACCUUCACAAGGAAAUUGUUCAAUUGUAAGCAAUCAACAAGUGAGAUAUACCUUGGCAUCGACACCAACAAAGGGUACCAAAACAUUUACCUACAAGGUCAACGAUGGUGCUCAAGAUUCUUUUAACUCUGCCACAGUUUCUGUCCUAAUUACGAACCUGAACGUUCCAAUAAUUUCAAAUCAAAAUAAGACUGUUCAUUGGAGAGCUGCUUCUUCUGGAGUCUCUUAUACGGUUUACAAUACUCCAACCGAUAGUGAUGGAGAUUCACUUACUCUGACAGUUCAAUCUGGUCCUUGUUCAUUGGUGACUUCUGGAUCGAUCCAACUUGUUCAAUACCAACAUGUAUCCUUUGAAGGAACUGAAGAUUGUUAUGUCAAACUUUCGGAUGGAUUAGAUUCUGACAUUAAAAAAUUGACCACAAUGUCCUAUGACAAUGCUCCUGUUGCUUCUCCAGUGACAGUUCAAUAUUAUGGAGCAAAUAUUCAGAGUGGUAUCUUGAUUGAUGUCUUGUCACUUGCAACCGAUAGUGACGUUGAGGAUAUUCCUUACCUGACGAUCACACAAACCAGCGCAUCCACACUUUAUGGUCCAGGUGUUGCCACUAUUCAGUCUGGAAAGAUUAAAUAUUUCCCUACACCUAGCUCUGUAACAAGUAUAGGCACUGAUACAUUCCAAUACGUCAUUAGUGAUGGUUUCAAGUCAUCCACUGCUACUGUCACUGUUCAAAUUAAGAGCACUGUUCCAAAAGAUACUGAACAAUUUUAUAAUAUUCAUUGGAGAGCAUGUUUUAGUGGAAUUGUAUUAGAUCCUUUGUCGAAGAUUAACUCCACAGAUGCACUUACCCUCGAUUCUACGUUAAUUUCUUCUCCAGACAUGCAUGGAUCUGUAGUCGUUUCAUCCGAUGGAAAGAACAUUACUUACACUCCAGCUUACAAAUUCACAGGCGUUGAAACUUUCACACUGAGAUACACUUCUAGUUCAGGAUCAUCCAGUAUUAAUGUGACAUGUACUGUCUAUGACACAACCCCAACAGCCAGCGCUGUCACAGCAACCACACACUGGAAGACAACUUUUGUCACAAGUCUUGCUUCCUCUAUUUCAGAUUCAGAUACUGAAGAUUCUGCUUAUUUGCAAACCUACACAGGUGUUCAACCUUCACAAGGAACUUUUUCCAUUAGUAAUAAUGUCGCUACUUAUGUUCCAUCUUCAACGAUUGGUAGUAUUUCAAUGACCUAUGUUUGUAGUGAUGGACUGAAAAAUACUUCUGCAAUCCUAACUGUCACAACCACCAACACUCCUCCAACAGCUGCUGUCAAAAGUUACAGUGUAUUAUGGAGAUCCUUUAGAGAUGGAUUUGACUUGGAUGUAUUGAAUUUAAGUCCUGCUGAUUCUGACGCAAAUGGAGAUGCAAUUCGUGUGAAGAGUAUCUCAUCUCAAACUACUGUUGGAAGUGUGACUGUUCGAUCAGGAUCUUCAACCAACGUGACCAUUCAAGCACCAAGUGUUGUGUUCACAGGAUCUCUUUCAUUCUCUUAUGUGGUCACGGAUGAUGCUUCGAACGGUGACGUUUCCAACACUGUCAACCUUCAAGUGUAUAAUAAUGCUCCAAUUGCCACAGAUGACACCUAUUCCGUUCAUUGGAACACUGCCUCACUAGUAUUAGAUGUCUUAGCAAAUGACAAUGAUCCUAACGGAGAUUCAUUAACGAUAACUUCCGUUUAUGGAUCUCUUGCUUCAAUUGCUCCAAUUAUAGCAAACAACAAGAUCACCUACUACCCAAGAACUGCUCCAUUGGGCCAAGAUGUGUUUUAUUAUGUCAUUUCUGAUGGUGUGACAACAACAAGUGCCAAGAUUACAGUCACAGUGACAAAUACUCGACCAACCACACAAAAUCUCUCAUUCAAUGGAUUAUGGUCUGCUGCUGUCAAUGGAAUUGUUUUUGCCGUUGUUGGUAACUCUUCUGAUGCAAAUUCAGAUUCACUUUCCCUCUCUUCCUAUUCAUCAAUUUCAUCAAGUCAAGGUACUUUAACUACAGUGGAUGGAGGAAGAUCUAUUUUAUAUACACCAAAGACAGGAUUUGUGGGUAGUGUUUCGACCAUUUCCUUUGUCAUUAGUGACAGUAGAGAAACAGUCACAGGAACCAUUUCCAUCACCAUUAACAAUAAUGCUCCAACUGCUAACACUUCUGCAGCAUUUACUUAUCAUUGGAGAACAGUCAUGUCACCAACAUCCAUUUCCUUAGGUUCAAAAUUGAGUGAUGUUGAUUCAGAUACAGUUACUAUUACUGCCAUUACCAAGGUCAAUCAAGGAACUGUGACGUUGGGUUCAAAUAAUGCCGUUUCAUACAAACUUUCUUCAGCAUGGAAGGGUACUGAUACUUUCACAGUCUCUUUCACCGAUGGAUGGACCACAUCGAGUGCCACAUUUACUGUUGUUGUCACCAACUCUGUACCAGUUUCUUAUAAUAUCGAUAUGAACUCACACUUCUCAAAUGCUUACACCUUGUCAAUUCCAGUCGUGAGUCGAAGUGACGCAUUGAAACCAACAGAUUCAGAUUCUGUAGAUGGUAAUUAUUUGGUAAUUUCAAGCUAUACUUUGCCAUCACUUGGUACCUUAACUCUCUCUAGUGAUAAGAAGUCCUUUACUUUUAACAAUCCAAGUGGAAAUCUUGCUCCACAAACCUUUACCUAUGUCGUUAGUGAUGGAUUUGAAACUUCAACAAUUAGCACCAUUACCAUUAAUCUCCAAAAUGUGGCUCCAACUUGUAGUGACAUGUCCUACACUUAUUUGUGGUCUAAUGUUCAAAAUGGAUUUUUAAUUAACUUACUCUAUGGUGCCAAUGAUGCGGAUGGUGAUUCUCUUUCUGUUUCCUCCUUUUCACAACCCUCCAUGGGAACUGUUGCUUCAUUCAAUGCCACCACUGUGAAAUAUACUCCACCUGCAAACACUGUGGGAACUACGAGUUUCCAAUUCAAGAUUACUGACAUUGCUCAAACCAUUACUCAAACGGUUUCGAUUUCUCUCACCAAUACUGCGCCUGUGGCUGUUGCUGACUCUUAUUCCAACAAUUGGAGAUCCAAGAGCUUAACUCUUUCUGUAUUACAAAACGAUUAUGAUCCUGAUAACAACAAUAUUUAUAUUGCUAGUGUCGAUUCAGUGUCAUCUUCUCGAAGUGCCUCACUUUCCAUUAGCUCUGACAAGAGAUCCAUUAUUUAUGUAGAUUCUUCAUCGACGACUGGAUCAGGCAGUGAUUCAUUCAAAUAUACAAUCUCUGAUGGUGUUGCCACUUCUUCAGCAGCGACUGUUUCAUUGACAUUUACCAAUACUGCUCCAAGUGCAACAUCUCUAUCGACCUCAAUGAAAUGGAAUGAAGUCAAGAGCUUUUCCCAAAUGUUACAGACUCAAUGUUCAGAUCCUGAUGGAGAUCCACUGAGCUUUGUUGGUGUUAUUCAAGGAAGUUUGGGUACAAUUACCGUCACGGAUAGUACAGUUGGUUCCUUCUCCUACAGACCUUCAACAUCCAUGUCUUACACAGUUCGACCUUCUGAUGGUAGUGCUUACACUGCAACCGAUACGAUCAAAUAUGGUUGUACAGAUAAUUCACUCACCACCUAUGGAACAAUCUCAAUUCAAAUUAGAAACACGCCACCUCAGGGAUCCUCCAGAACGGCCAAUGUGACAAGAAAUUACUCAAAUCCAACAGUUAUCUUAACGAAUUUAUUAAGCGGUGUUACUGAUACCGAUGGUGACAGUGUGACAGUUUCUUCCGUUGCUCUUCUUCCUAAUCAAGAUUCAGGAUCAUCCAUUGUGUUGAUAAGUGGAACAGAUGGUUCUGCAAAAUUCACUUAUUCCAAUUCAUUCAUUGGUGCACAACAAUUCUAUGUCUACAUUACAGAUGGUCAGCUCACUUCUUCAUAUAUUUAUACAGUCAAUAUCACAGGAAGUGCUUUGAGUUGCGUCGAUUAUUACAUUACUGCUUCCAAGAAUGAUGCAUCCAUCCAAUUUGAAGACAAUCUCAGAUUGAAUUUGGUGAAACUUUCUGGAAGUGAACCAGCAACUGUUACUGUUUCUUCCACAAGUACCCUGAAUGGUAUUGGAACCAUUUCUAAGGAUUCUUCAACCAACAAGUUGACCUAUUAUCCAACAGCUACUCGAUCUUGCAUGAACAAUAAUUGUUAUGCCACUUAUUCCUAUUCAAAUUCUGCUGGUCAAACUGUUACAUGUAAAAUUUAUGUCAAUCAGGCCAAUCAAGCACCUGUUGCUCCUUCCUAUAAUUAUGUGUACUCUGUGAGAAGAGAUAGUAACACGAUUCAAAUUAUGGAUUAUUUGUCACUUUCCAAUGCCGGUGAUCCAGAUACAGCUGAUACUCUCUCAUUGACAAGCAUUUUGAGCACAGGUUCAUGCACAAGUGGCGUCAUGCAAUCAAUUCGUGUCGUUUCCAAUAAGAUUAACUUCCAAAGACAAAUUUCUUUCGUGGGAUCUAGUUGUUGGUUUACUGUAGGUGUCAUGGAUAGCGAUCCAGUGAAUCCAAUGACUGUCACAGUUAAUGUGUCCAUCACUCCAACUGCUCUUCCACCAAUGAGCGUCAACGACUUUGUGUCCACCAGAUAUAACACCUAUAUUGACAUUCCUGUUUCUAGUAUUAUGAGUAAUGACUAUGAUUCUUUAGGUGGUACUUUCUCUUUCAAUGGAAUUGAUUCAUGUCCCUCUGGAAAUUGUGUCAUCCUCAAUCCAAGCGAUUCUGCCAACUCUAGAAUUAUUCGUGUUUCUCCAAGGACAGGUAGUUGUGACGCUCAAACAUUUGUUUAUAGAAUUAAAUCGGAUCAAGAUCAAACCACAUCAUCGGCUAUUGUCACCGUUCAGUAUACUUCAUGUCAAUGUUAUUUGAAUAUGGAUAUUAUUUUCUUGUUGGAUGGAAGUGGAUCCAUUUCUGAUGCGAACUGGUUGAAUAUGAAACAGUUCAUGUCCAAUAUCACUGCUGGUUUUGGCUCUAACAUUUCACCAACAGGUACUAAUAUUGGUAUUAUUCAAUUUGCUUCAACAGUGGCUACCCACUUGCAAUUAUCAUCUGGUACAAGUAAAGAUAUUGUACUCAAUACCAUCAGUGGUUGUGCUCAGCUCAAAUCUGGAACUGCCAGCAAUCUCGGUAUUAAUGAAGCAGUGAAAAUGUUAUACAAUCAAGGAAGAAGAGAAGUCACCAAUAAGAUUAUCAUCCAUGUGACUGAUGGUGAAAGCAAUGAACCUUGUUCAUGCUCAACAUGUGACUCAUCUACUUAUGGAUACAUAACGAACAAAUUACUUUAUGGAAAUGUGACCACCACUUAUUGUAAAUCACCUCGAUUCCCUGGUAUGUCCUGUUCUCAAUGCAACUGGGGAAGCGCAACAAGUAGAUGUAAUCCUUGUGCUGAAGCAACUGUGCGAUCUUCUGAUAUUAAUUCAUGGAGUCCUGGCAAUUCAUAUGGAAAUCCUGAAAUUGCACGAUUUGGAUCUGCUUUGUGGAAUUGGAGACAAUUAGCAAUUGGAAUUGGAAGUGGUUUAUCCUCAGGUUUUGGUCAAUUACAAAUUCAAAGAAUGAACUAUGACUACUACAAUCAAAUUACUGUGAAUUGGAAUAGUUUGGGAAGUGUGUAUCAAACAGUGGUCGAUAAUGCAUGUAAUACGGUCGAAUUGUCACAAACCAAGACACUUGUUCCACUCAGUACUUCUGGCUAUUCAGUGACCUAUCUCGGAAAGACCACUUCAAUUAUUAAGAAUAUCUUGAACACAAAUUGGGUUCGAUCGAAUUUCACCUACCAAGUGGCUGUUGCUUCCAAUGCAGCAAGUGGUGUUGAAAAAUUCACUCUUCAAUUGGCAUCAGGAUACAAUCAAGACGCUUUCUAUAAUUACUCUCCAUACUUCCCAGUGUAUCUUGGUACUGAUCCAAUUAGUGGUUAUAAGGGUUUCACAUGGGAGUCUCUUCCUAAAACGUUUACCAUUGCUACUGGAAAGAGUGGAAUUUAUUCAUUAAUGGUUGAAGGUGAUGUCAGUGAAGGAACCAUUCCGUUCGCAGUUUCAGGAGGUUCACAAUAUGCAGUGGGAAGUAUUCGAGGACCUUCGAGUGUCAUUACUCCCUAUGAUCCUCAACCUCCAACCUAUGUGGAACAGUUUUGGUAUAGAAAUCAGACAUGCAGUGCCACUUUGGGUCGUUGUUAUGUGUACACUCGUUUCAGCACAGCAUACAGUCCAUCCGUGUUGAAUACCUUGUGUAAAUAUUGGGAUUCUUCUGCCUCAUUGGCCAUGAUUCAAACUGCCGCUGAAAAGACCAUUAUUAUGAAUUUACUUCCAAAGAAUGAGUCCUUCAGUUUCUUCCUUGGAAAUAAUUAUGAUUCUUCCAGUAAGACUUAUUCAUGGUCGGAUGGAUCUUCCGUGUCGAGUUAUACCGAUUGGCAAACCAAUUAUCCAACCAGUGGAGUUCCUCAAAUUGCUGCUUCCUAUGUGUACACAUCUCCAAGUAACAAGUGGUGGAUUACUGUUGCAAGCUCACAAACUUAUAAGGAUGUUGUGUGCUAUGCUCCUUUUGUUUGA